AUGUUGACUGUGCGGCUGCUUCGUGCCGCCUGUCCGGUUGGCUGUGUGGCCGCCUGUCCGGUUGGCUGUGAGGCCACCUGUCUGGCUGACUGUGUGGCCGCCUGUCCGGUUGACUGUGAGGCUGACUGUGUGGCCGCCUGUCCGGUUGACUGUGUGGCCGCCUGUCCGGCUGACUGUGAGGCUGGCUGUGUGGCUGCCUAUCCGACUGACUGUGUGGCCGCCUGUCCUGCUGACUGUGUGGCCGCCUGUCCUGCUGGCUGUGUGGCCGCCUGUCCUGCUGACUGUGUGGCCGCCUGUCCGGCUGACUGUGUGGCCGCCUGUCCUGUUGGCUGUGUGGCCACCUGUCUGGCUGACUGUGUGGCCGCCUGUCCGGUUGACUGUGAGGCUGACUGUGUAGCCGCCUGUCCGGUUGACUGUGUGGCCGCCUAUCCGACUGACUGUGAGGCUGGCUGUGUGGCCGCCUGUCCGGUUGACUGUGUGGCCGCCUAUCCGACUGACUGUGAGGCUGGCUGUGUGGCCGCCUGUCCGGCUGGCUGUGUGGCCGCCUGUCCGGUUGACUGUGUGGCCGCCUAUCCGACUGACUGUGAGGCUGGCUGUGUGGCCGCCUGUCCGGCUGGCUGUGUGGCCGCCUGUCCGGCUGACUGUGAGGCUGGCUGUGUGGCCGCCUGUCCUGUUGGCUGUGUGGCCGCCUGUCCGACUGACUGUGUGGCUGGCUGUGUGGCCGCCUGUCCGGCUGGCUGUGUGGCCGCCUGUCCGACUGACUGUGAGGCUGGCUGUGUGGCCGCCUGUCCAGCUGGCUGUGUGGCUGCCUGUCCUGUUGGCUGUGUGGGCGCCUGUCCGGCUGACUGUGUGGCCGCCUGUCCAGCUGACUGUGUGGCUGACUGUCCGGUCAUAUCAGACCUCCUGUCUUUAUGGGACCAGAGCAGGCUUGGAAAGUCUGAAAAAUAA